GUGGGAUUGUCUCCCCCAGUGUUAUCCUUACCCACUGAAGCACUGGGCCCACCCUGCUUUCGCGAUGCAAUGGCCUGCGCCCCAGCCUGCGCCGUUGCUGCCUUCACGGCAUGUCGAUGUCGGACACGGUGUGCUCGGGAAGGCGGGAGUUCGACACUUGGCGAGGCUCGGGCGCCGCUCAUCGCCGGACCACUUUUUGGCCGGUGGGCUGUCCAUCGGAACGUCCGCCUCACUGGUCUUUGUCAGUGCCGGAGCUCUGCACGGGGCGCGGAAAGUGCGCUCUAAAGACAGGCGGCUUGCCAAGGCGGCGCCUCUGCCCUCCGGGCCCGAAGCGGCGUCCAUCGAGGCGAAGCCCGCAGAAGCGGCCAGGAAGCGAAUCGCAGCCUUCAGAAGCGAAGCGCCAAAGCCACCCUCCAAGGGGAUCCGCGCAUGGCUCUCGCGUAUGGCCUUCGCCUGGGUUAGUCCACUGAUGGAGCGCGGGAACCGACCGCCCCCCAUCGACAUCGCCCACAUGCUGCCGCCGCCCGAGGACAUGCGCGCAGAGGCGCUGGCGCGCGAGCUGUCGUCGGAGCUGCUGCGCAGCAGCUGGAGGCGGAGAUCCCAUGGCCGGAAGGACGGAGAUCCCGUGGACCAGGCGCAGCUGACACGCGGGCUCCUGCGCCUGAACCGGGGCCGGCUGCUGAAGACCGGGUUUCUGCGGUUCCUGAACACCUCGGUCCAGUUUUUGCCCGCGCUGUGCCUGGGACCCUUGCUGGACGCCGUGCAGAAGGCCGACUUCGCGGCCGGGCAGGCGGCCGCGGUGCGCCUCUUCGCGGUGCUCUGUAUCAAGACCUUUGUGGAGAACCAGUUCUUCCAUCAGACUACCGUGAUGGCCACGCGCGUCCGCGCGAUGCUGCAGGCUUCCAUUUACGAGAAGAGCCUGCGGCUGCAAGACACCGGGUUUUCCGUGCCGCCGGUGACGCUCAUGCAAGUGGACACCGGCAAGGUGGAGGAUUUGACCUACGCCUUCCACACACUUUGGGAUGGGAUCUUCCAGGUGGCCGGGUACUCGGUGCUGCUGUGGUGGUACCUGGGCCUGGCCGGCUUCGCGGGCAUCGUGGUGCUCAUCGUGUGCCUACCCUUCAACGCGCAGCUGCAGCGGAACCUGAGCCGGCUCAACAAGAAGUGCCUGCAGGCCAGCGACGCCCGGGUCUCGCAGACUUCCGAGAUCCUGGGGGGCAUCCGCGCACUGCGGCAGAUGGGCUGGGAGGACGUCUUCGAGCGCCGGGUGAGGAGCUUGAGGGACGCGGAGCUGGAGGCGCAGCGGAGCCGCGACACCGUGGCGGCCUACCUGCUGUCUUACUUUAGCGCAUUGCCGCCCUUCAUGAUCGCGGUGGUGCUGAUGGCCUACGUGGGCGCCGCCCACAGCUCCUUCAACGCCGCGAUGAUCUUUACGGCGCUGAGUCUGCUGAACCAGAUCCGGUUCCCGUUGCUCUUCUACCCCAACGCCUUGAACGCCUUGGCGGAGGGCCAGGCCGCCCUCGGGCGCCUCAGCGCCUUCCUGGCGCUGCCCGAGGCGGCCGCGCAUCGCCCCCCCAUGUCCGAGGACAAGGAGCUGCCUCUGCUGCUGAAGCCCGGGUCGUACCCGCUGGGCACAUCCUCGUCCUCGCCAAGCCUAGUGCUGCCGGAGCCCAUCAGUGUCAAGGAGGGCGAGCUUGUAGCGGUCAUCGGCCCCGUGGGCUCAGGCAAGUCCAGUCUGCUCCGGGCCUUCCUGGGUGAGAUGCCUGGAACCGACUUGCUGGCGCCUCCGCAGGAUGUCGCCUACUGCUCCCAGCAGCCUUGGGUCCCGGAGGGCCGCUCGCUGCUGGAGGUGGUGUGCGGUGUCUGGGAGGACGGCGGCGUGGCCUUCCCUGCUAAGGUGGACGAGGCCGCCUUCUCCACGGCCCUGGCCGCCGCGGCCGUGGACUUCGCCGAGGCGGAGGAUGAGGUGAGCGGCACCUCGCUGAGCGGGGGCCAGCAGGCGCGGCUCGCCUUGGCGCGGGCCAUGUACAAGGCGCAGCGCCGAGGCGAGGUGUGCGCCUGCGUGCUGGACGACGUCACCGCGGCGCUGGACCCACGAGUCACGCUGGAGGUGAUGAACAACUGCCUCAAUGGGCCGUUGAAGGGCCUGGCCACGGUCUUCGUGUCCAGCGACCCUGGGCCCUGGCUCCAGCGCUGCGACCGCAUCAUCGCCAUGCGCGCGGAGGGAAAGGAGUUGCGGGUGGACUCGGUGGGAAGCUAUGAGGAGCUGGCGGCGGGUGGACGGCUGGUGCCCGGGCCCGUGCCCAAGCCCAAGGAGCAGCCAGAGGAGACCGAGGCGGCGGCCACUCAGGAGGUGCCCAAGCGGAAGAAGCUGCAGGUCACCAGUGAGGAGGAGCGGGCCCUGGGCGCCGUGCCGCUGAAGCUGUACAGCCACUACUUCGCCUCCGCGAGGAGCCCCAGGUUGCUGAGCCUGGCGGGUGUGGCGGUCAUGGCCUCCUACGCGGCCACCGUGGCGCAGCAGUGGUUCAUCGGCCUCUGGACGGCGGACGCCUCCAUGAGCCGGGGCUUGGUGUACUACAUGUCCGGCGUGCUCUUCUGGGGCCUCCUGGCCUCUGCCUUGACCUUCGGCCGGGCGCUGCUGAUCGCCGCCUUCUCGCGCCGGGCCUCAAGGGCGGUGCACGACCAGCUCUGCGACCAGGUGCUGGUUCGGGCCUCCACUAGCCACUUCGACCGGAACCCCUCCAGCCGUCUGCUGCAGAACUUCUCCAAGGACCUGGAGCAGAUCGACAGCUCCCUGCCGGGCUCCUUGCGCUCGGCCGUGAGCAGCAUCUGUACGUUGGCCGGGGCCAUGGUCACAAUCGUGCUGGCCACCCCUGGGUUCCUGGCGGUGCUGGCGCCCUUGAUUUGGAUCUACGGGCGGUCGCUGCAGUACUACCGCCCCGUGGCCCGGGAACUGAAGCGCCUCGAGCCCCUCGCGAGGACUCCCGUUUACGCGGAGCAGCAGGCGGCGGCAUCUGGGGUCAUCACCAUCCGCAAGCUGGGGCUGGGGAACGUCAUGGCGGCGCGGGCGCUGGGCGCCAUCGACGGCAACACGGCGGUGUCUUUCGCCGCGAAGGCGGUGGACCGGUGGUUCUCCCUGCGGAUGGAGCUGCUGGGCAACCUCAUCGUGUUGGCCUCCUCCUUGGUGUGCCUCUUGUCGGCCGGCGCUCCCGGUGCGGCCGCCGGGGGCGCAUGGGCGGAGGCGCGCUCGGCCAUCGCGGUGACCCAGGCGCUCUCGGUGUGCGGCCUGCUGAACUGGACGGUGCGCACCAUCGCGCAGACGGAGACCAGCUUCACCUCCUUCCAGCGCAUCACGGGCUCGCUGGAGAGCACGGAGCUGGAGGCGCCCCGGGAGCUGCCCCAGGACGCCCAGCUGCCGGCCGCCUGGCCGGUCCAAGGCACCGUCACCUUCGAGGGGGUGUCCUUCCGGUACCGCCCCAUGCUGCCGCUGGUGCUGCAGAAGUUGGAGCUCCAGCUGGCGCCCGGGCAGCGCAUCGGCGUCAUAGGCCGCACGGGCAGCGGCAAGAGCACCCUGUUGAGGAUCCUGCUGCGCACCGUAGAGCCCUGCGAGGGUUCCGUGAAGAUCGACGGGGUGGAUCUACAGCAGGUGGGCUUAGCGCGGCUCCGCUCCGCCAUCACCGCCAUCCCCCAGGACAACUUCCUCGUCAGCGGCACCAUCCGCGAGAACGUCGACCCGCGGAGCUCCUACAGCGACGAGGAGGUGAGGCACGCCCUCGAGGCGGCCUCCCUGGGCACCUGGGACCUUCAGAGACGAGUGGACCCCUCUGGCGGCAUCUCCCCCGGGGAGAAGCAGCUCAUCGGGGUGGCGCGGGCGGUGCUGCGGCGCAGCCGCGUGGUGGCCCUGGACGAGGUGACCUCCCGGGUGGACAAGGCGACCGACGAGAAGGUUCAGCAGGCGCUGAAGCGGUUGCCAGAGGGCACGACCUUGCUGGUGGUGUCGCACCGCUUGGCCACGUUGCACGACUACGACCAGGUGGUGGUGCUGGGGGACGGCCAAGUGCUGGAGAUCGGAAACCCCGCGGAGCUGGAGGCCUCGCCAAACUCCCACUUUGCCAGCAUGCUGGCCGCCGAGCGGGGGGGCGAGGUCUUCUGAGUGAGAUGGAAAGCUCCAGACUCGGAGACGGCUCAGCCCGAUUUAAAGCUUCCAAGAAAGUUGACCCAA